CGCCAGCGUAUUAUGAGUCAUCACCUCAGACGUCCUGACGAGUGUCGAGUCGUCUUGAACGCGGGGCCUUUUUCUUAUCCAACCAACGCGUCUCCACCAGCCCGACGGGGAUUGAGAUGUUCCAUUUUAGGCUCGCCACAGUGCUCAAGGAGUUGUUGAAAGCCAACCUCAAGUGUCCCUCGGCCGGGUGGCUCGCGACCCGCCACCGGUGCUCGGACGCCGCCUCCUCCUCCUCCGCCGGAUUCAAGCUUCUCAAUGGCUCCGCGUCCCGGGUGACGUACCCGGCGGCGUACCUCCACGUCCGGCCGUACUGCGUGAAGGCGGAGGGCGAUCUGAAAUUGGAUGAACCGAAGAAAAAGGACGACGGCGUCGAGGCGGCCGCUGACAAGAGAAGAAAUGCCGGCAUCCUGCCCAGUCUGGAGGAUUUGCUUUUCUACACCGUCGCCGAAGGUCAAGAAACUGUUCCGGUGCAUAAAUUCCUCACGGCUCUUAAAAGCACAGGACUUCGCACCGGAGAUCCCAGACUCAAGGAAUGCAUGGAAACGCUCAAAGCGACUUUAAAGACCACUCCGGACGACGUCACGUUGGACAGGCACCAGUUCAAGAAGUGUGUCCAGAGCAACAUUGUCCUGCUCACGCAGGCCUUCCGCAAGAAGUUCGUCAUCCCCGACUUCCAGUCCUUCUCCUCCCGCAUUGAUGAGCUAUACGAGAGUGCCAAAUCGCUCUCUGAAGGGCAGGUCGCCGAUUACAUUCCUCAACUGGCCAAGUUCAGUCCGGACAUGUGGGCCGUCUCUUUGUGCACGGUGGAUGGCCAGAGGCACACGGUGGGCGACACCAAGGUGCCCUUCUGUCUGCAGUCAUGCGUGAAGCCUCUCAAGUACGCGGUGGCCGUGCACGACCACGGCACCGAAUACGUGCACAGUUUCAUCGGGAAGGAGCCCAGCGGGCUGCGCUUUAACAAGCUCUUUCUGGAUGAAGACGAUAAGCCCCACAACCCCAUGGUGAACGCCGGCGCGAUUGUGUGUACUUCCCUGAUAAAGCAAGGUGAAGGUAACGCGGAAAAAUUUGACUAUGUCAUGAACUUCUUGAAGAACAUGGCGGGAAACGAGUACGUCGGUUUCAGCAACGCCACAUUCCAGUCUGAGCGCGAGUCAGGAGACAGGAACUUUGCCAUCGGCUACUACUUGAAAGAAAAAAAGUGUUUUCCCGAGGGGACGGACAUGACGUCUGUGCUGGAUCUCUACUUUCAGCUGUGCUCCAUCGAGGUGAACUGCGAGAGCGCCAGCGUGAUGGCCGCCACGCUGGCCAACGGCGGCAUCUGCCCCAUCUCGGGCGAGCGCGUUCUUAGCCCCGAGGCCGUCAGGGACACCCUGAGCCUCAUGCACUCCUGCGGCAUGUACGAUUUCUCCGGGCAGUUUGCCUUCCACGUGGGGCUGCCGGCCAAGUCGGGCGUGUCGGGGGGCAUCCUGCUAGUGGUGCCCAAUGUGAUGGGCAUUAUGUGCUGGUCGCCGCCCUUGGACAAAAUGGGCAACUCGGUCAGAGGGAUUCAGUUCUGCACGGACCUGGUGGAACUUUUUAAUUUCCACAACUACGACAACUUGAGGCACUUUGCAAAGAAGCUCGAUCCUCGCCGGGAGGGAGGAGAACAGCGGGUCAAGUCUGUCAUUAACUUGCUGUUUGCCGCCUACACAGGAGACGUCUCUGCACUGAGGAGGUUUGCCUUGUCGUCCAUGGACAUGGAGCAGAGGGACUACGACUCCAGAACGGCCUUGCACGUGGCUGCGGCUGAGGGUCACACGGAGGUGGUGCGUUUCCUGCUGGAGGCCUGUAAGGUCAACCCGGUCCCCAGAGACAGGUGGGGGAACACGCCGAUGGACGAGGCCGUGCACUUCGGCCACCACGACGUGGUGGCCAUCUUGCAGCCGCACGCCGACAAACAUCGGGCGGCCGACCCCUCGGGCGACGACGAGAGCGCAGAAAAGAGUUUGGACAGUCUGCUGUAGAAGCGGCGUCGUCUUUUGUAUUCCCGUCGGAUCUUCGGACGCGCUCCGAACCCCAAUAGCUUCGUUCAUCAUCUCGAAUUAUCUCAGUGGAAAUUGCUCUCUCGGUGUUCUUUUGGGGAGUCUUGUGCAUUCUCCGAUUGUGGCCGUUGCCGUGCGUGGAAAUUGUUGUCGCGCUGACUAUUUGCCGAGAACAUGGACUUCUGCCGUUGGACGAGCGCAACCGCCUGUCUUUGUCUUUAGAGCGUUCAAACUAUUUAUCAACUCACGCGAAGAUGAAUGUAUUUGAAGCAGAUUUUUCGGGAUGACCCGAAGAGUUCUUUUCCAAAAUGCCAAAAAUAAAUAUAUAUAAAUAUAUCUAUACACACACACACACAAAUGUCCUCACUUCGUCAAAAUGUCCUCAGUCCGUUGGUUAAAAACUCGUGCCGGUCCUCACAAUGUCAUAAGUACAAGAACACUCACACACACACAGUCGAACUAGUGUCGCAUUUGGAUAUUUAUCCGUUUCCUACCUUGGUCAUAGCGCUCAUUCCUUUUUAAUUGCAACGUAAAUUCCAGGUCACUUGAGCACAUUUGUCAUUUCACAUCAUUUGCACAUCGAGUGGCAGCGCUUGCUUGGCAUUCAUCAGAAGCCAGGAAGUCGCUCGGCGCUUCACAAAGGCUGCCGUCUCGCCCCGGGGACGCGCGCUUAACUUGUGUCAAUCAAGCCGUCUUCAUUUUGCUCGGACAAAUCUCAAAUGCGCAUUUAGGGAUAGUGCUCAAAGGGUUCGUGGUGUUUUGGAAAAGAACUCCACAUGCGAUUGAUGCUGAUGUGCAACUUUGGGUGGGGGCGGGGGGUACACCAACUCAAGAUGUUAGAUAGCUCGAUUUAUCUUUCUUUUCUUCUGCAAAGUGAUUUUCUGUCUAUUUGUCAAACGUGUCCAUUCAAAAGAAAUGUAAAGCGGCCGCCAUUUAUCAUGCCGCAGUAAGUCGGCGAGCACAAUGAGCCACGCGCACUCCCAUUUUCACAGCUAAUGAGCACGCGGCUACUCGUCAUCUCUGUGAUUGUAUUAAAACGUCC